AUGGGCCGCGGGGAGGCCAAGGCCCCCGAGCCCGGCGGCUGCGGCGGGCGGGGCGCGGCGCCCUUCCCGUGGUGCCGCGGGAGCGGCGGCCGCAGCGGCCGCGACUUCAUCCGGGUCCCGCAAGUACCGGGACGGCGCGGCCNGCGCCGGGGGACGGGUGGGGGCGGAGGGGCUGAGCCGAAGGGUCCGUGCGGGCGGCCGCGGGGCCUCGGCCCGGCCUCCCCGCCGCCUCUGCCGCGGGCCCGGUUCAUUGUCCUUAUUCCCCUCACCGAUGCCUUUUCCCCUCGUUCUCUCCCGCUCUCCUCCAGGCUCACUGGAAGCUCCGGAAGUGCCGCCCCCGGGAGCCGCCGGCGCCAGUGGUGGAAAACAUCAGUUCAUUUGCAAAUAGUGAAAGGCUCCCAGGACUCAGAGAGGCCCUGUUCUCAAGCUGUCCUUGCUACAAAGAGAGCAAGGCUGAGGCUGUUCUCAGAGCCUGAUGUAAUUCCUGAUGAGUUCAUCAGCUGCCCAGCACUGCCCCAAUUGCCUGGUGCUGCAAGGAAAGGGAUGCACAGAACUCUGCAGCUCUUCCCCAGUUUGGAGCAAACCUCAUCAGACCAGUGGGAAAACCUACAGGUAAGUGAAAUAGGUGGAACAUUAGGUCUGAGAGUAAUUAAAGAGUGUGAAACAAGCAGAGUACAUGAGCAUCUGAGGGAUACAAAGGCAGGAAAUAGGAUUCUUGUUAAAGGCUGGUACAAGUUCCAGCUGACUGUCACACAGGUGCAAUGAAAUAUGUACAACUCCAGUGCAGAGAGCUGAAGUGGGGGCAGUGCCAGGGAGCAGCUCUAGUGAGCUGUCUUUUGACAGGAACAGAUCUGUUUAAACCUGGGUUCAGCUGAGUCAAGGGAAAUCCUUCCCUUAAUCUCAGGGCAGGAUUUCAUUUUGAACUCAGAAUAAUUCACAGAAUCUUGAAUAUCCCAAGCUGGAAAGGACCCCCAUGGAUUAUUGAGUCCUACUCCUGGGCCUGCACAGGAGACCCCAAAAUCCCACCCUGUGCCUGAAGGUGUUGUCUGAACACUUGAUUGAGAUAAAGUGUACAAUUAACUCAUUGCAUUAAUUAACAUAUUAAGAGAAGACUUAGCUAAGAUACUAAUUAUUAAGUAUUCUUAAUUAACAUACUAUAAAUUAAAAUAUUUAAAAUUAUUACAAUAAUUAUUAGCUUUUAAUAGAAUAUUACUUUCUUUUUUUUUUAAUCUACUCAGUGCUGGGAAGGCUUAUUGUUGCCUGAGUGGGCAGCAGGAAGGUGUGGAUGUGGGAAAUGCACUGGGCACUUUUCCAGGGGCCCUGUGCCAGCCUGGACCACUCAGGGCAGAGGCUGCUGGCCCUUGCUGGGGCACUGGUGCCUUUCAGAAUGUUGGCUUUGAGGAGCUUGGCCAUGUCUGCUUAGCUCAGCCAUGAAGUGAAAGAUGCUAUUAGCACACUGAGGGAUACAGGAGUUAAUUAUUACCGUAUCACAGAAUCCCAGAAGUGUUUGGAUUGGAAAGAACCUUAAAGCUCAUCUUGUUCCACCCCUGCUAUGGGCAGGGACACCUGCCAUAAACCAGGCUAUUUGUUUACUCAUUGUGAAGUGAAUUAGACCAUAUGGAAUUCUCCAAAGCAUUUAAAGUAUAUUUCUGAGGUGUGUGAUAAAGUUUUUACUCUUAAUAAAAUACCUGU